ACCCGCACCACCAAGCAAUUAAGCUGUCAAGGGCAAACACCUAGCUACUACCAUCCUCUAAUCUCUCCCUAGCAUCCAGCAGCAGAAAACUAGCUGACAAUGUUUCGGCGCACCAAGACCACCAUGGCCGCGCCAGCGCCACCACCUACUGACGGCGAGGUGAGGAUUCAGAAAGUUGACAAGAUCGAGCUCGUCUACAACAUCCUUUCCAAGCCGAAACUGUACAAGGCGACUGCGGGAACCGGGAAGCAUCCUGCCGCUGGACAUGAUCAGGCAUCGGGCUGGAAGAAGACCGAGAACCCCAGCAGGCCUGCCUGCUAGGAGUGUGUUUUCUGUGGAAGACAUCAACAAGAGGUCUGAAACGUACAUCACGGAGAUGAAGAAACGGUUUCUUGGCUAGCUAUAUAUAGCAGCAGCUGAGCCUGUGAUGAUGACAAGAGGUGAAGAUCUGGCAGUCAGUACUGGUGUCAUCCAUGCAUGGAAUUGGUUUGGCUAUAGCCUAUAUGUAUAUAUUUGAUAUUACCAUGUGGAAUGGAAUAUUUGAGAGACUGUGCUCUAGUUAUAUUUGCGUUUAUGUAUGAUAUAUGCAUGUUAUGUACAUUAUAUAUAGAGAGAACAUAACGUUGAGUAACAAGCUUAUUAGUAUGAGUAUGAGUAUACAUGAUGCCUG